AUGUUGCGGACACAGUACUUGUUGGAGGACACCGGUACUUCUUGCUUCUCAGUUCCAGAGUCAGCUGAAAACAUACGCGCCCGUGAGAUUCUCCAAGCAACGACAGUGCGGAUCGGCGACAGAUUCGAGACGGGCUUGCUGUGGCGUAAAGACGAAAGAAGGUUCCCGGACAGUUACCCGAUGGCGGCCCGGCGGUUACAGGCACUGGAGAGGAAACUGGAAAAAAGUCCAGAUCUGAAGCAAAAUGUCCACCAACAGAUAGCGGAGUACGUGACGAAGGGCUACGCGCACAAAGCUACAGAGGAGGAGCUAGCUGGAUGGCAGAAAAAUGAGGUGUGGUACCUUCCCUUGAACGUGGUGCUCAACCCUCGGAAGCCGGGUAAAGUACGUUUGGUUUGGGACGCCGCAGCCACGGUAGGCGGAGUUUCGCUUAACACUGAGCUGCUCAAAGGACCAGACAUGCUGCAGUCUCUGCCGACGGUGAUUAAUAAGUUUCGUGAACGCAGAAUUGCAUUCGGUGGUGAUAUACAAGAAAUGCACCACCAGAUGCUGAUGAGGGCGGCAGAUAAGCAAGCUCUGAGGUUCCUGUUCCGAUCGAAUCCGACUGAUGUACCAACAGUGUACGUCAUGGACGUAGCUACGUUUGGGGCCACCUGCUCCCCAUGUUCGGCGCAGUUCAUAAAAAACUUGAAUGCUGCCGAGUUUGCGAACGAUUUUCCACGAGCUUCGUCUGCAGUGAUCGAGAAACAUUACGUGGACGAUUAUUACGAUAGCGUCGAUUUCGUUGACGAAGCGGUAGAGUUGGCGAACCAGGUGAAAUUCAUUCAUUCCCGAGGAGGUUUCCAUAUCAGGAAUUGGGUUUCCAACUCCAAGCAGUUUCUGGAAGCGAUGGCCGAACAGAAGUCGAAUCCUGCUGUCCAUUUCAGCCGGGACAAAACCACGCAUACCGAGCGAGUUCUGGGAAUCAUAUGGGACUUAGAAGAGGACGUCUUCCUGUUUUCUACCGAUGGACGAGAGGAGUACCAACUGGUUCUACAAGGGGUUGAACGACCAACCAAAAGGAUUGUGUUGAGUUGUGUCAUGGCUAUGUUUGAUCCUCAAGGUUUGCUCUCUCCAUUCACCGUUUUCGGUCGCAUGUUGGUACAAGAUUUGUGGAGGACUGGCUGCGACUGGGAUGAAGAAAUUGACGAUGAAUCAUUCCAAAAGUGGAUUCGCUGGACGAAAGUUUUGCCGAUGAUCGAGGCAAUCAGGAUUCCCCGGAGCUACUUUGGAGACGCUAGAAUGGAUCAGAUCGAGGAUCUACAGCUGCACGUAGUGUCCGAUGCUAGCAAAGGUGCUUACGGGUGUGCGGCCUAUUUUCGAGCUUUGGUGGGCGGAACGAUCAGAUGUGUACUGGUGACUAGUCGGGUGAAGGUGGCUCCGUUGAAGCCGCUAUCAGUUCCAAGGCUUGAGUUGCAGGCGGCAGUGCUGGGGACCAGGCUGGCUUCUGCGGUGCGAGAUGGCCAUUCGUUGGAAAUCAAGCAACAAUUUUUUUGGACGGACUCUACCACUGUGCUAUCGUGGAUCAGGUCAGAUCAGCGUAAGUACAAAGAGUUCGUAGGUCUUCGUAUUGGUGAAAUACUAACUCAUACAAACCUGUCGGAGUGGCACUGGGUUCCAACGAGGAUGAACGUCGCGGACCAGCUGACUAAGUGGACGAAAGACCCUGAAAUAAGUUCAACCAGCAGUUGGUUCACCGGGCCAGAGUUUCUAUAUCUUCCGGAAGCAGACUGGCCGAAGCAGAAGUUGCCAGGUCCAGAUACAGAAGAAGAGUUGAGAGCGCACCUGCUUGUUCACGAUGUUAACCUUCCUACUCCCGUAAUCGACGUCAACAGAAUUUCGAAGUGGACGGUGCUGGUAAGGACGAUGGCUUGCGUAUUUAGGUUUCUGUCGAACUGUCGAAGAAAGCUGAAGGGAUCGCCGCUCGAAACGCUGAAACCAACGGAAAUGCAAGCGCAAAUCAUUCUCCCGAUCGAUUAUCCGACGUUGCGGACGCCACUGAAUCAGAAGGAGUAUGAGCAAGCGGAAAUUUCGUUGAUGCGGAUGGCACAAGCAGAUGCGUUCAGUAGUGAACUGAGGAUCUUGAUGAAGAACUUGCAGCUUCCGGCCGGGACGUGGUUGAAAAUCGAGAAAUCCAGCUUCAUCUAUAAGUUGACGCCGCUAAUCGAUGAGAACGGUCUCCUGCGUAUGGAAGGUCGAACGGGAUCAGCUGAAUUCCUACCGUUUGACUUGAGGUUCCCGAUAAUACUGCCCAAGGACCAUGCUGUUACCUGGAAAAUCGUUCAGCAUUAUCACGAGCAAUUCGGCCACGGAUAUAGGGAGACGGUGAAGAACGAGCUGAGACAACGAUUCGUCAUCCCACAGGUGGGUAGUGUGGUCGCUAUGGUGGGGAAAGCUUGCAUACAGUGCAGGGUUGCCAAGAGCCGCCCACGAUGUCCUCGGAUGGCCGCGCUACCAGUACAGAGAGUAACUCCGUAUGUGCCGCCGUUCUGCUUCGUGGGGGUCGAUUACUUCGGCCCAAUAACAGUUACAACAGGCCGCCGCAGUGAAAAGAGAUGGAUCGUUUUGUUCACGUGCCUAGUAGUCAGAGCGGUUCACCUCGAAGUAGCACACUCCCUGACCACGCAAUCGUGUUUGAUGGCAAUCAAACGCUUCACCUCCUAUCGAGGUCCGCCAUUAGAAGUGUUCUCGGACAAUGGCACAAAUUUUAAAGGAGCAAGUAAGGAGUUAAUGGAAAAUGUACGCAGCAUCAACGUAGAUUGCGCAGCGGAGGUAACAUCAGCUCGAAUGAAGUGGAACUUCAAUCCUCCGGCUUCGCCCCACAUGGGCGGAGUCUGGGAGAGAUUAGUCCGUUCCACGAAGCAAGUAUUGGAGGCGAUAAACGAUGGGAAGCGACUGACAGAUGAAAUCUUGGUGACUGCGAUAGCCGAAGCGGAGGACAUCAUCAAUAGCCGUCCACUUACGUACGUGGCGCAUGAAUCAGAUCAUUUCGAAGCGUUGAGCCCCAACCACUUCCUCCGUGGAGUCGCUCCGAACGAACCAAGGUACAACGUAGCUCCCGUCAAUUCAGCUGUAGCCCUGCGAGACUCCUAUCAGCGAUCGCAGGAGAUAGCUGACGAGAUGUGGAAGAGGUGGAUUAAAGAAUACGUUCCUUCCAUCAAUCAGCGUACCAAGUGGUUUGGUGAAGCAAAGAAUUUGAAGAAAGGUGACUUGGUCUACGUUGUUGAUGGCGACAAGCGGAAGUGCUGGGUACGUGGGAUUGUUGAGGAGCCGAUAGUUGCCGGAGAUGGCAGAGUGCGCCAGGCCUGGAUUCGUACCAACAGCGGCAUGCUAAAGCGAGCGACAGCGAAACUUGCGGUGCUUGAAAUAAAUGAAAGUGACACUGGUCCGGACGUGACUUCCGGACCAGGUUCACGGGCCGGGGCAUGUUGCGGCUUAAACCGCAGGGCACGCAACGCAGUCCCUGCCGCAGAGUGA